UGACGGGAGGGGUGGGGCCUAGUAAAGGUGGAGCCUUUUUUGGCGCCUUGCUAACGGCAUGGCCCUGCCUUGCAGGGUUGUUGUGGCUCAGCUGCCCCGGUGAAGCCCCGAAGGCCGCUUCCUCGUUCAUUAUGAGCGAGUUUCGGAUUCAUCACGACGUGAACGAGCUCCUGAGCCUGCUGCGAGUGCGGGGUGGCGGGGAAGGGGCGGAGGUCUACAUCGACCUGCUCCAGAAGAACCGCGCCCCUUAUCUCACCACCACCGCCUCAGCCCUCGGAGCCAAGGUUAAAAUUGCAGAGUUUUCACGGACUCCGGAAGAUUUCUUAAACAAAUAUGAUGAACUAAAAUCGAAGAAUACAAGACAUCUUGACUCACUUGUGUAUUUGCUGUCCAAGCUUACAGAAGACAAAGAGACAUUACAAUACUUGCAACAGAAUGCAAAGGAAAGGGCAGAACUUGCAGCAAGUGCAGCAGCCAGUAACAGUGGUAGCAGCAGCCUCACUUUCUCUGUCCCCUCAACAUCUUCCAAAAUGACUGUUCAAGAACUGGAGGAGUUACGGAAACAGCUGGGCACUGUGACAACUGGUUCCAGCUCACAACAGCCUCUUGAACUUGUACGAAAGGCACUCCGAGAAAAGCAGAACAAGAAAAAUUCUGGCCAGCCUAUACCAUCAUUCCCUUCCUGGGUGUAUGAGAGACCAGCUCUUAUUGGAGACUUCCUCUCUGGCUCUACUUUAAGUACAGAUACAACUGUGCCAAUAGGUACAUUACCAUUGGCAGCCCAAGAGUCUGCAGUUGUAGAAGACCUGCUGUAUGUUUUGAUAGGUGUGGAUGGCAGAUACAUUACAGCACAGCCACUUAUUGGUAGAGAUACUCGUACUUUUGUAGUGGAUCCCAAUCUAGAUAUGUCUGUUAAGGAAUUGGUCACUAGAAUCCUCCCUGUCGCUGCAAGUUACUCCAUAAUAACCAGGUUUGUAGAAGAGAAAUCUUCCUUUGAAUAUGGGCAGGUAAAUCAUGCAUUGGCAGCAGCAAUGAGGACCCUCAUUAAAGAGUACAUGAUCCUGAUAACCCAACUGGAACAUCUCCAGCGCCAAGGACUCCUCUCACUGCAGAAGCUUUGGUUUUAUAUUCAGCCCACAAUGAGGACCAUGGAAAUCUUGGCUUCUCUUGCUACUUCGAUAGACAAGGGCGAAUGCAUGGGAGGUUCAACCCUCAGCCUACUCCAUGACAAAACAUUCAAUUACACAGGGGACAGCCAAGCUCAGGAACUGUGCCUCUAUUUAACCAAAGCUGCCAGUGUUCCAUACUUUGAGAUAUUGGAGAAGUGGAUCUACAGAGGAAUUAUCAACGAUCCUUAUAGUGAAUUCAUGGUGGAGGAACAUGAACUCCAAAAGGAAAAGAUCCAGGAGGACUAUAAUGAUAAGUACUGGGAUCAAAGAUACACCAUUGUCCAGCAACAGAUUCCUUCCUUCCUGCAAAAGGUUGCUGAUAAAAUACUCAGCACAGGGAAGUACUUAAAUGUGGUCCGGGAAUGUGGCCAUGAUGUUACUUGCCCAGUGGCAAAGGAGGUUGUUUAUACCUUGAAGGAGCGUGAAUAUGUGGAACAGAUAGAGAAGGCCUAUAAUUAUGCCAGCAAAGUCUUGCUUGAUUUCUUGAUGGAUGAAAAGGAGCUUGUGGCCCGCUUAAGGUCCAUCAAACACUACUUUCUCAUGGACCAAGGUGACUUUUAUGUCCAUUUCAUGGAUUUGACAGAAGAGGAAUUGAAAAAACCAGUAGAUGAUAUCAUUCCGACCAGAUUGGAAGCUCUUCUGGAAUUAGCAUUACGUAUGAGCACAGCUAACACUGACCCAUUUAAAGAUGAUUUAAAGAUUGACUUGAUGCCACAUGAUCUCAUAACACAGCUCCUGCGAGUUCUGGCCAUUGAGACAAAGCAGGAGAAAGCCAUAAUCAAUGCUGAUCCAACAGAGCUCACGCUCAGUGGCCUGGAAGCAUUUUCUUUUGAUUACAUUGUGAAGUGGCCAUUGUCUCUCAUCAUCAACAGAAAAGCCUUAACACGGUAUCAGAUGCUCUUCAGGCACAUGUUCUAUUGUAAACACGUGGAGCGGCAGCUGUGCAAUGUCUGGAUCAGCAGCAAAACAGCUAAGCAGUGUUCCCUACAUUCAUCAAAAUG